AUGGCUGGUCCAGCCCCCGUGGCGCGGCCAUUAUGGGCCACCGUGCUGGAACGCGUCGUUGGGUGGGCUCUCGGUCUGCCCCCGGAGACAUGCGGCUAUACCACUCAAGAACUCAAGAUCCAUCUGCCAGAUGGAGCGAUUCUCAUUGCUGACUUCUUUCGGCCCAACGGCAAAGAUGUGAAGGGAACCGUCCUCGUAAGAGGACCCUAUGGUCGUGGGUUCCUCUUCAGUCUGAUCAUGGCACGCAUAUACGCCGCCCGGGGAUACCAAGUCCUGUUCGUCAGCUGCCGCGGUACCUUUGGCUCGACAGGAGUCUUCGACGCCGGGGCUUCUGAAGCGAAAGACGGCCAGGAUGUCGUAGCUUGGAUGAGAGAGCAGGCUUGGUACACGGGAACAUUCGCAACAUUGGGCGGCUCCUAUCUCGGCUUCACGCAAUGGGCAUUGCUUGCGGAUCCGCCGCCGGACAUGGUGGCUGCCGUCAUGACUGUCGCACCUCACGAUACUGCCGAGCGAUUAUGGGGAACCGGUGCCUUCAGCUUGCAGCAACAAAUCUUAUGGGCCGACAUAAUUUCAAAGCAAGAGACUCAGGGUCUUUGGGGAAAAUUCAUGGCCUUCAGGGAUCCCAACCGCCUUGAUCCACUCAUGAAAAACAUCCCCUUGGAACCUGCGUUGAGACGCUAUUUCGGCGAUAAGACCCCGUGGCUCUACGAGCAGAUCAAGAAUCCCGACCUGGACCACGAGAUCUGGGCGAAGGAGAGACAUGGCAAAGCUUUGGAGAAGGCGAACAUACCGAUUCUUCUCGUCACUUGUUGGUACGAUGUGUUCUUCGAGCAGACUAUGGAACAGUACCAAGUCUUGAGCCGAAGAGGCUGCCCGGUAGCUUUGAGAAUUCGUUCCGGGGGGCAUGUGGAUGCUCAGAAUGGGGACACCACCGAGCAAAGCCUCCAAUGGUUAGAAACCCAUCUUGCACGGAAUCAGUCAUCGAAGAAGAUCCCGGCGGUUAGGAUAUACCGGGACGGAGACGCUCCGGAGUGGCUUGAGCUUCCGAAAUGGCCACCGUCUACAAGUCAUCGGGAGUAUUUCCUAUCCGCGGGCGGUAAACUCGGCGAUCUGCAUUCGUCAGAGGGGGACACAUCCAGCUUCGUGUUUGACCCUUCUAACCCUACGCCGACGGUUGGCGGUCCUCUCAUGAUCGGAGGAGGCAGCGUGGAGGAUACCGCUCUGUGCUCCCGAGACGAUGUCAUCACCUUCACCUCGGAGCCGCUGACCGAGCCCCUUGACAUCUUCGGACGCCCUUGCGUCGAUCUAUUUCACUCAAGCGACACGCCCUUCUGCGACUUAUUCGUGCGACUAAGUAUUGUCGACUCUCAAGGCCGCUCGCGUAACAUCACGGAGAGAUACCGACGGAUUGAUGCCAGUAGAGAGGGGAAAUUGAUCGAUCUGGACCUUCUGGAUACUGCUUAUAGGGUGCCCUCAGGUUCAAGGAUUCGACUCGUCAUCGCCGGCGGGUGCUUUCCGAAGUAUAGUCCUAACCUGGGCUCCGGGGAGAGUUUUGCGACAGGCACCAUUCUCAAGCCGGCUCGGCAUACUGUGCACUUUGGCGGUGGAAGCGACUCUUGCCUAAUUCUACCGGUGUCGAAAACAUCCUAG